ACCAGCGGUGUUUCCAUCAUGCCAUCGACUUCACGCGGCAUCGUUCAAUAAAUACGGUAACCUGACAACUUUGCCGCUGGUUUAAGGAUCUUUCGUCUCUAAAGUGUCUAGCUGACUAUGAAUCCAGAACCGAGACGCAAGCAGCGAGAUUCCAGCGCGUCGAGCCUCCCUGUAUGAACAGAGUUUCCGGAGAAUAUUAGGUUAACUUCGUUAGUGCGGUCCGUGGAUCGCGCUGCGUCUCCAUGCUCGAAUGCAUCUAACAGAAUCAACGUCUCUCCACGCAGCCCCUUGCAGUCCGUUUCCCGCUCCUCCCCCUCCUGCUGCGGCGUCUGCUGCUGCGUCGUCUGCCGCAACUGCUGCUGCUAUUGUCAGAACUGCUCCUGCUACUAAUAUCGCUAUCACUGACGUUAGCGCUGCUGUUGCUGCUGGUGAUACUAUCGAGAGUUAUCCAACGGCUCCUUCCGCGUCCACGUCAGCUCCAACCGUACCGUGCGACGAAGCGACAGGGCCUCUUUCCGACAUCAUCCCCCCCACCUCCGGCGUCGCCCCUGUUCCCGAGAUCCUUCCUCGAACCGCGUCGUCUGACGGUGACGGAACGCACCUCCCAGCUCCGUCGUCUCCCGGAGCCGUAGGCGAAGAGCCGGACCCUGUUUCCGAUAUCGCUCCCCACACCACAACCGUUGACGGUGACGGAACUGUUGACGGUGACGGAACGCACCUUACAGCUCCGUCGUCUCCCAGAGCCGUAGUCGAAGCGCCAGAGCCUGUUCCUGAGACCGUUCCUCGCGCCACGACCGAAACCGUUGACGCUAGCAUCACGCGUCGCGCGAAUCCCUCCCCUCGCAGAGCCGCUCCUUCGACUCUCGCACCCGUACCUUCCCCCAGAGCUCCUCUCGCCUCGUGCGCUCCCAGCCGUUGGAUCUGGCUGGCGACUCCGAUCACCAUUUUCCUGUCGCUCUUUCACUCCGUUCUCCUCUGGGCCGCCGCCAUGUGGCAGCUGGUGCGGCGACUAAUCGGCCACGUCACCACCGCUACUACAGGCCGCCCCGCUCUCUGGUCCGCGUCCGCAGCGGCGGCGAGGGGGGAGGCGCAUGGGGGGGGGCCGGCGAAGCGGGUGCGGUGGGAGGAGCAGGUGGCGUGCAGCACGGAGCACACCGUCAUCUAUCUGCUGCUGCAGAGCGCCCGCCUCUCGCCCCGCGGCCUCGCCUCCCUCGCCUGCCUCUGCCGCUCCUUCCGCAAUGCUUGCGAGGAUGAGAUGCUGUGGCAUCUGGCGUGCAUUGUGCAGUGGCCCAGCCUCAACUCGCCGGACCUGGAACCCAGAAUACGAGCAAGUGGGGGGUACAAGAGAUUCUGUCGCCUGCUGCACACUCCCUGCGGGGAGCUCCAGCACAGCAUCCCAGCCUGCCACGUGGACGAGUUUGUGUCUGACGUCACCUUCCUCGUUGACGUUUCGUAUCACGGUUCGCCGAUCUUCUCGCGCCGCAUCAGCGGGGCGAGCGACCUGGAGCACCAACAGCAGCCGGAGUCAUUCGUCUUCACACUGCCCGACAUCGAUGUGGGCACCGUGCUGGUGGACGGCAAACCAGGCUUGAGCCGGAGGGCGCUGGAGCGGGCAGCGCGUGAGCUGCAGGUGUCGUGUGUGGCUCUGAGAGCUCAGGACGAUCGCUUUGCUGUGCUGCUCAACUCUGCCACCGCGCAGCACAGCACCAUCGGCGGGAGUGUGUACGCCACCUUUCAGCGCCACUUCUCCCUGCCGGGCGUGCUUGUGCACACCAACAUCGCAGUUGACUGCAUUGUCACCGUCACCUCGCGGCCGCGCUGCAUCGACCCCGCUGCUCACCAAGAUGCUGCCACCGCACAAGCAGCACCUGCCGCUGCUGCUGCCGCUGCUGCUGCUGAUGCUGCUGCUGAUCCAGCACCUGCUGCGCCUGCAGUGGCGGUACCUGGUGCUGCUGCUGCUGCACCUGCCGCUGCUGCAGCACAGGCUCCAGUCUUUGGAGCUGCUGGUGGGGCAGUGGAAGCAGGAGCCCUAGGGGCACCUGCAAUGGCGCCAGCUGUAGCAGGGGCAGCUGUAGCAGGGGCAGCUGCUGUAGCAGCGCCAGCUGUAGAGGCAGCAGUUGCUGCAAUAGAGGCUGCUGCUGCAGCAGCAGUGGCAGAGGGCACAACAGUAGCAGCAGCGGAUGCCGCAUUGGAACAACAAGCAGCAGCAGCUGCUGCUGCUGCAGCAGGGCCAGCAGGUGGAACUGGUGCGCAAGGGGCUGGGCCAAUGGACUUGGGGCAUGAAGCAGCAGAGGGAGGAACUGCAGCUGAGCAAACACAACCACCUGCCGCCAAUGCUGCUGCUGCUGCUAAUGGUACUGCUGGCCCUGCUGGCACUGCUGCUGCAGCGAGUGCUGCUCCUGCUGCUGGUGCUGCUGGUUCUGCCUUUGCUGCUGGUGCUGCUGGCGGUGCAGGUGCUGCCGAUGCUGCGGGCGAGAGAUUUCCGCUGAUGGACCCCAACCAGGGGCAUGCCGAAGCAGUGGAGGAGGUGCGGCACCUGGUGCGGGAGUACCGAGCCAUGACCCGGGGGUUCCACCGUGCCGCUGCGGCAGGUACGGGUGGGCUGGGUGCUGGGCCUGACUUUGCUGGCGCUGCUGCUGCUGCUGCUGCUGCUGCUGCUGCUGCACCGGCAGCAGGAAUGGCUGGAGGGGGUACUGGAGGAGGGGACGGACAGUUGCAGGAAGAGGGGCAGCGGCAGGGGCAGGGGCAGGCUAUUGGUGCUGCAGGGCAAAGAGAUGGUCAGGGUGAUGUGUUGCAGGCAGGGGGGCCUUUUGCAGCAGCGGCAGCAGCUGCCCCUGUGGCUGCAGGUGCUGCUGCUGCAGUGACUCCUGAUGCUGGUGCUGCUGCUGCUGGUGCUGCUGCUGCUGGUGCUGGUGCUGUUGGUGCUGGUAUUUUUGCAGCCCCAGUUGCUGCUGGUGCUGCAGGUGCUGGUGACGCUGCUACUACAACUGCGGCAGGUGCUGCUGCAGCAGUAGCAGCAGGUGCGGGUGCAGUAGCAGGAGCAGCAGGAGCACCAGAUGCAGCAGCGGGGGCAGCGGGGGCAGCGGGGGCAGCAGGAGGAGCAGUUGUAGCACCAGGAGCAGCAGCAGGGGCAGGGCAGAUGCACAUGCAUGGGCACGGGCAUGCCCAUGCGCACGCCCAUGGGCACACGCACGGGGACACGGUGCUGGACGUGGUGCUGGGGCAGCUGGGGUUCCAAAUCAAGGUGGAGUGCGCGCAGGGGGAGGCCCGGCAGGGCAAGCCCAGUGUGGGCGACUGGCACGAUCUGAAAUGGAAAUGAGGGGAGCAGGGAGGCAGUAGGAGUGUAGCAGGGACACGCUGCAGGAGCACUAGUUCUCAGGGGCAUGCCGCACUAAGGCAAGCAAAGCCGAGUGUGGGCGACUGGCAUGAGCUCACGUGGAAGUGAGGGGGUUGGGUUGGUGUGCAAUGGGGCGGAAAGCUAAGCGUGGCAAGGGCGGCGGACAGGAGUACGACCUGCAAGACCUGCAAGACCUCAAGUGGAAGUGAGGGGGCAAGGAUGCAGUGGGAUGCUAAGGUAAAGAGGGUGCCAAGUAGGCGAAGGGGGCAUGGAGGGUGGACAGGGGCAGAAGAUAUGCCUGCUUCUAAAAGGUGGAGAGGUUGCAGAAAAAAAGAAGUGGUUGGGGGAGGGUUGAUGAAGCAGCCAGGGGCUCAUGUUGGGGGGCAGAUCUCCGCCAAGAGAGAACUGGGCCACCUGCUUGCAUGAUUGCAUGCCUUGGGAGGGAGUAGGCUCGGACUUUCAGGUCUUGGCUCAGGUGUGUGAGCCUGUUAGCUGUGCAGGCAGGCAGCCCCCACCUGAUUUGUUUUUGCACGUCAAAAGUAUGCCUCGCUGAGUGCAACAGGACAGAGUCGUAUGCAAAGAAACUAAAGCCACAAAACUAGGUUUGUUUGCAGCCUAAAAAAGGCUGGGCUGCAGUCUCCUGCAUAGGUCUCCAUUGUGUGUGAACUGUUUUUUAAAGCUGAUGAGGUAGAACUACCUUUUCUGUACGAUUUUACCACAAUUGUAAGGUGGUAAGAGGAUUAAUUGAGAAAGCUUGC